CCAGAGGCAGUUGGAUUUUUGUCAGCGGUUGGGGUGUUUAUUGUCUUGAUGCUGCUCCUUUUUCUCUAUAUUAAUAAGAAGUUCUGUUUUGAAAAUGUUGGAGGGUUUCCAGAUCUUGGUUCAGGAUACAAUACACGGACGAAUUCACAAGAUAAAAUGUAUAAUUCCUACAUGGACAGAGAUGACCCUGGUUCAUCCUCCGAAAGUGAAGAUGAAGCGCUGGGUAAAUAUCACGAGGCCUUAUCCAGAACACACAAUUCCAGGUGGCCAUUGGUAGAUUCUAGACAAAAGAGCUAUGCCUGGGAAACAAGGCAGAAGUAUAGCCCCCUGUCUGCAGAGUACGACGGGUACAGCACUGAGGCAUCCAUGGAAGACGGAAACUGCAUUCAGAGAAUGAGGAGGACACCUCCAUUGGAUGAGCUGCAGCCUCCACCCUACCAAGACGAUAGUGGUUCUCCUCACCUCUCAUGCACACCUUCAGAAAUCGGGGAUGCCAAGUGUGAGAUUUCCCACUGCAGCAACAGCCCACGGUGUUCUUUCAACAAGUGCCCCAGUGAAGGGAGCACAGGUCACGAGGCUGAGAGCUAUCACAAUAAAGGAUAUGAAGAUGACGUCCCUAGCGACAGCACAGCAGUCCUUAGCCCUGAAGACAUGUCAGCUCAAGGAUCCUCCUCACAGCUUCCUAAACCUUUUGAUCCAGAGCCAGAAGCUAAAUAUGGCACAUUGGAUGUGACUUUCGACUAUGACUCUGAAAGACAGAAGCUUCUGGUAACGGUGACAGCUGUCACAGACAUUCCAACAUAUAACAGGACAGGUGGCAACUCAUGGCAGGUACACCUUGUUCUUCUACCUAUAAAAAAACAGAGAGCCAAAACCAGCAUCCAGAGAGGACCGUGCCCCGUCUUCACAGAAACAUUCAAAUUUAACCACGUUGAAUCCGAGAUGAUUGGAAACUAUGCAGUUAGGUUUAGACUAUAUGGUGUCCAUCGCAUGAAGAAAGAAAAGAUUGUGGGGGAAAAGAUUUUUUAUUUAACAAAGUUGAAUCUUCAAGGGAAAAUGUCGUUACCGGUGAUACUGGAACCUUCGUACAAUCCUUCUGGCUGUGACUCUCAGGUGAGCUUGUCUGAGGUAUCCUGUGGUGACAGUACAUCCUCCUGUCAGUCUCUUGAACAUGGCUCUGUUCCAGAAAUCCUCAUUGGACUCCUUUACAACGCCACCACUGGAAGGCUGUCAGCAGAAGUGAUCAAAGGCAGCCACUUCAAAAACCUGGCAGCAAACAGACCACCCAAUGGACUGUUCUGUUGUCUAAAACACUUGAUAGGUGGACAGGUUUAUAUAAUCCGAGAUACAUAUGUUAAGUUAACACUGCUGAAUUCCAUGGGCCAAGAGAUGUCCAAAUGCAAGACAUCCACCCGCAGAGGGCAGCCGAAUCCGGUGUACAAGGAAACUUUUGUUUUUCAAGUGGCCUUGUUUCAGCUUUCUGACGUGACUCUGAUACUGUCUGUGUAUAACAAGCGCAGCAUGAAAAGGAAGGAGAUGAUAGGCUGGAUUUCCUUAGGUCUGAACAGCUCUGGGGAGGAGGAGCUCAGACACUGGACUGCAAUGAAGGAGUCAAAGGGACAGCAAGUGUGCAGGUGGCACGCACUGCUGGAGUCCUGA